AUGAGAGAAUCCUUAAACGCGAAGCUCAACACAAAUGUUGAAAAUCCUUGGUUUGUUUUUGGCGUUUCAUACCCUGGAGCUCUUAGUGCAUGGUUCCGUCUGAAGUUUCCUCACCUAACAUGUGGAAGUUUUGCAAGUUCUGCAGUUGUUCUUGCUGUUUACAACUUCACUGAAUUUGACCAGCAGGUGAGGAGAAGAAUUCCUUAG